UCACUUCUCUUAGGGUUGAACUUAUUCUUCUCAUCGAUCGUUUUACACACACAGUGAUGAUGAUGAUCAUAAUGAUUUUCAGAUCCUUGUCUCUACUUUUAUCUUUCUUCUCUGAUUCUGUUUCUCUCUCGUUCUCUUCAAUAUUUUUAGGGUUCAACUACUCUGAUUUCAGAUGAACUUGUAAAGGCUUAAAUCAGUAAUAUUAUUAAGGUCGAAUGAUUUGUUGAUUUCAUAGAUCUCAAAUCCCAAAUCGCCGACCAACACCAAUUUAUUAAGGAAGAGCUGGGGUUCCUAUAGAAGUCAUGGGAUUGAUGUUUGGGAAGUUUGCAGAUGAAUAUAUAGUUCGUGUGGUUGAUGUUUAUGCUAUUCCUCUGGGGAUGACUUUAUGUUGUGAAAGAAGUUGGGUGAAGGUGCUUUUGGAGUAGUUUAUAGAGUUUCUUUGACAGAGAAACCUUAGCUCAAACUGAAAUAUAUAUAUAAUCCAUUCAAUCUUUAGAUGGCGAUAGAGGAACUGCUUCUAAGCACUCAUUUCUAUGAUUGCUGAUGAGGGCAGCAAUAGUGGGAACUGUGUGUGAGGGAAGUUGAAGUCCGUAAGGCUGUUUUCUGUUAAGUUUAUUUGUAAUCAAAAUUUCUAAUUGCAUUAGUGAUUCGAUUUAAUUUAAGGUAUAUAAGGGUGUUUUUGUGUUCUGUUUCUUUUGAUUGGUUAGGUGCAGCUGGCGUAGGAAAUGAGAGUCACGAAAGUAGUUAGUAUUGACCUUUCUGUAAAUCCUGGAGAUUGGUACUUCCUCAUCCGAAGAUCUGCAAUAAUGGCUAUCUUGCCAUACUGUCAAGCACUGGAGAAGUUCGCUCCUCAUAUCCAACAGGUUAGCAUGGAGACCAAAGGGAAGGGUGUAUCAAUUGAUGGUGUUCCUCUUCCUUUCGAGGAAGGCGAAAUUGAUUUUGGUGAGUCAGAUUCGAAUGACCAACACAGAUUUUACCAGCUAAUUCACCAGGGCCGCGUGAUUCCUUGUGAUUUUAUUGGUGUUGUUAAGAGUCAACAACCUGUGUACCUGAAAGGUGCUACCCUAACAACAGUUCCCUUAAGAGUAAAUGUCUUAUCAAAAGGCUUAUCUUACAAAGAACUGUAAUUAGAUUUUUAUAAUGGGUCACUCAGCCUUCUACUUCCUUCUUUGAACGCGCUGGACAUGUUUGUCACCAAUUGAGCUUUAGGGUUAUCCAAUUCUUAGUUUUUUUGUAAUUUUUAACAUCUUAAAUUGUAAGUAGUUUGAAGUUAUGUAAUAUUUUCUUUUAUCUGUAUGUUUAACAUAGCUUUUUAUUCUUUAUGUUACUUUCAAUUGUUACCUAAGUGAGUUGUAAUACAUUGAUAUGUUGUACUUUUGUCAUAUUCUUCUCGA